UGUUUGCACUGUGUUUUCUUAGUGCAGGAGUGGUGUUGUGCAGAUUAAAUUUAGAAGCAUAGUGUAAAACGUUUCAAACUCAGUACAUUGCAGAAAACAUCAGGACUCGUUUUCAUUUCGAAACAUUUUGUUUUCUCCUACCUCUGGAAGAAAAUGAAAGUAGUGGCGUUAAUAAGCGGUGGGAAAGACAGCUGCUAUAAUAUGAUGCAGUGUGUGGCAGCUGGGCAUCAGAUUGUAGCUUUGGCCAACCUGAGGCCUGCAGAAAAUGAGAAAGAUGAGUUAGACAGCUAUAUGUAUCAGACUGUGGGUCAUCAAGCUAUAGACUUAUAUGCUGAAGCCAUGGACCUGCCUCUUUAUAGACACACUAUUGUGGGAACAAGUUUGGAUAUUGGAAGAGAGUACAGUGAAUGUGAAGGAGAUGAAGUUGAAGAUCUGUACCACCUCUUGAAACUUGUAAAGGAGAAGGAAGGAGUUGAAGGAGUCUCUGUGGGGGCCAUUCUUUCAGAUUACCAGAGGAUCAGAGUAGAAAAUGUGUGCAAGCGACUUAAUCUUCAGCCUUUAGCUUACCUCUGGCAUCGAAACCAGGAAGAUUUGCUCCAAGAAAUUAUAUUGUCUAACAUCCAAGCCAUAAUCAUCAAAGUUGCAGCUUUUGGUCUUGAUCCUGACAAACAUUUAGGAAAAACACUGGCUCAGAUGGAAUUGUAUCUUAAGCAGCUUUCGACGCAGUAUGGAGUACAUGUCUGUGGUGAAGGUGGGGAGUAUGAAACAUUUACCUUGGAUUGUCCUUUGUUUAAGAAGAAAAUUGUCAUAGAUUCAUCAGAGGCUGUUGUCCAUUCUGCAGAUGCAUUUGCUCCAGUUGGCUACCUUCGGUUUUUGAAGAUGCACGUGGCAGAUAAACCAAAUAAUUCAUCUGCCAGCACCACAGUUACUGGUAGCUGCCCCUGUAUGAAUUAUGUCGGCGAUGUCACAGAGUUUGUUGAAGAUAGUGAGCCAAAGCAAACACCCCAAGUUCAAACUCCCUCAGACCUUUGUAGGGAUACCCUGUGGGACUGCAAGCAGUUUUAUCCUUGUUCUUUAAGAACAAAGCAUGGUUACCUGUGGAUUUGUGGCAUUUCUGGCUCUUCCGUUCACUCUGAAAGAAGAAGCAUUCAAGACCAGACCAAGCAGGCGUUCACAUUGCUACAAGGUGAGGUGGAAGCCAGAGGAUUUGAAUUGAGUGAUAUAGUGCUGGUCCAUCUUUAUGUGAAGAGCAUGAGUGACUUCUGUGCAAUUAACACUUUGUACCAGUCCUAUUUUGACGUGAAUCCUCCUGCAAGAGUAUGUGUUGAAGCUCCCUUGUCUGAUGGAACGCUCCUUCAGAUUGACUGCCUCCUAUACAAGUGCGAAAUAACUGGAGAUGACACCUCUUCACAGCAGAAGCAGGUCAUGCAUGUUCAAAGCAUUUCACACUGGGCCCCUGCUAAUAUAGGACCAUACAGUCAGUCCAUUAAGGUUGGAGAAGCUGUAUUUUGUGCUGGGCAGAUUGCACUUCUGCCAUGCACUAUGCAGCUUGUACAAGGAGGAGUACGAACUGAAGCCACACUUUCUUUCAGUCAUGUUGAGAAGGUUUUAGGUGCUAUGAGUACUGGACUAACAUUGAGUCACGUCCUUCUGGCAAAUUGCUAUGUAACAAACAAGAAGAACAUUGGUCUUGUACAGAAAAUAUGGGAUAACAAGUUAAAAGAGGAAAGUUCAAAGGAUGAAGACUAUGGUGAAGCAGAAAGAAAAUGUGGCCCACUGGUAAUUGCUGUGGUCCCUCAUCUUCCAAGAGGUGCAGCGGUAGAGUUGCAUGUCAUUGCAGCCUGUGAUGAUCCCAGACGGAGGAAAUCCUCUCACAUGACCAAAGAGCUAACACUCGGCAACAUAGAGUAUGAAGUACUAGAGUCCAGUUCAGCAGCUUCUGCCACCAUCUCCUUAUCACUGAGCUUGCCAUCAUCUCCAGACACAGCGUUGAACACAGAGGACAUCAUUAAAGAUAUUUCCGACUCCUUUAACGAAGCUUUGCAUAAGCUAGAUGACAACCUGUCUCCCCUGUGCUUCAGGGCUUUCUAUAAACAAAGCAGCACUGUUGCUAGAUUACUUCUCUCAGGUUUUGUGCAGUCUAUGAAGCAAUCGUCAGAUGAUAGGAGCUCAGCAGUGUCUUUGGUGCCAGUAGAGGAUUUGCCAUUCUCGAGAACUCUGCACAUUGCUUGCUGGUUAAGCAAAUAGCGUGGAAGAGGACAGCUUCACGCGAUUAUGUUUUGCUUAUCACUUUGAUAUACAUGUUUGUUGCUUGAUAAUUUUUUAAUUUUACUACAAUACUUGGUAUCAGUCUAGCUUUUUGGGCACAGCUGGGAUCUGGGAGCAGAUUUCUAACCCAGUGCAACAUGAUAUUUGUCGUAACAUGUCGGGGGUGGUCUCAGAUUGGCCUUUCAAGAAAUGCUGCAGUUAGACUGAUAAUACUUUGUUAUUAGUAACCACCAAUAUUGAUAACAAUACAUGGAAAAUAAUGUAUGUGCUUGAAUUAAUGUCAUUUGUAAAGCAAUUUAGUGUU